AUGGGCACUAAAAACAUAAGAAUGAUGACUGUAUGCUGGCUAGCCCAAGAAUCCACCAUGCUUCCAUGAAGGGAUGAUAAUAGGGGUGUGCUGAGACAGGCGAGUAUGGUCUCCAAGUUCCGUGUCAGGAUUGAGCUGUAAGUAUUAGAUUUGGGUAUUAUCUAUAUUCUGAGUCUUGAGGAAAGUAUAGUGUAGGCAUAAAAGCAGGAACUCCAGGGGAUAACUGACCUGGUUUUGAGUCCUGGCUGUUACAGCUGGGUCAUCUCCUACCUUCUCUAAGUCUCAAUUUCCUUAUUAGAAAUAUGGGGACAGUUUUAUCAUCGGGUUUUUAUAAAAAUUUAUUGAGAGCUUCCAUGUAAAACGCUAUGUACUAUGCCACGUGCAGUUUGUUUGGUUGUUUUUGUUGUUUUUCAUAUCUUAACCCCAUUGGACCACCUCUGAUUUUUGUUAGAUCCCAAAAUAGCCCAUAUCAUAAAGACACUAUUGAACUGGUGUUUUGGGAAGAAUGAAAAAGAAAAAUUAAAACUGAACAUCUUAUUUGUAAGGUUGGGAUCGGUGAAUUAACUGGAAAAAAAAAAUCUUGGCAGAGAUACAGGCCACUCCAGAGAAGCAGCAGCUGGUGGAGAAAUGGAGAUGCAAUCCUAUUAUGCCAAGCUCUUGGGGGAGUUGAAUGAACAGCGAAAGAGGGACUUUUUCUGUGACUGCAGCAUCAUUGUGGAAGGGCGGAUCUUCAAGGCCCACAGGAACAUUCUGUUUGCCAACAGUGGCUACUUCCGAGCCCUGCUCAUUCACUACAUCCAGGACAGCGGGCGGCCUAGCACCGCCUCGCUGGACAUUGUCACGUCCGACGCCUUCUCCACCAUCUUAGACUUCCUGUACUCUGGGAAGCUGGAUCUGUGCGGGGAGAACGUGAUUGAAGUUAUGUCAGCGGCCAGCUACCUGCAGAUGAAUGAUGUGGUGAACUUCUGCAAGACGUACAUCAGGUCGUCCCUCGAUAUCUGCCGGAAGAUGGAGAAGGAGGCAGCUGCGGUGGCGGUGGCCAUGGGGGCUCACCAGGUUGACAGUGGAAGCCCCAGUUCAGGCAGGGAAGGGACCUCCUGUGAUACCAAGAGCUUGGCCUCCUUGGCAGCCAAGGGAGAAGAGAAUGUGGACUGUCUGAGAGAGUCCCCUUGCACUGACUGCCGGGGCUGCCACCCGCUGGGACUGGUGGUGAAGGACCGCCAGGGCUGUGGCCCAGCUGACGGUGACCUCUCUAUUCUGCCCAAACAGAUAGAGCCCAAGGUGGAGUUUGAGGCCGACGAGGUGGAGGUGGAGGGUGGUGAGCCGCUGCAGCCUUAUGCCGCCCCAUUCAGCCUGGCCCGCGUGGCCGAGGCUUUGCCCGGUGGCCAGGCUGUGGACUUGGCCUACAGUAACUACCACGUGAAGCAAUUCCUGGAGGCACUCCUGCGCAACAGUGCUGUCCCCAGCAAAGAUGAUGCGGACCAUCACUUUUCUCGGAGUUUGGAGGGAAGACCAGAUGGUGCAGGAGGAACCAUGAGUUCCAUGAUGGAUGUCCAGACUGACUGGUAUGGAGAGGACUCAGGUGACGUGCUGGUGGUCCCCAUCAAGCUCCACAAGUGUCCUUUUUGUCCUUACACUGCCAAACAGAAGGGCAUCCUUAAGCGGCAUAUCCGCUCGCACACAGGUGAGCGGCCCUACCCCUGUGAGACCUGCGGCAAGAGGUUCACGCGACAGGAGCACCUGCGGAGUCAUGCCCUGAGUGUGCACAGAUCCAACCGUCCAAUCAUCUGCAAGGGCUGCAGAAGAACCUUCACGAGUCACCUGUCCCAGGGCCUGCGGCGCUUCGGGUUGUGUGACAACUGCACCUGUGUUACCGACACACAUGACGAGGAGGACGAGCUGAUGCCCGUCAACCUUAGCCUGGUGGAGGCUUCGUCGGAAAGCCAAGAAAAGAGUGACACGGACAAUGACUGGCCAAUCUACGUGGAGUCUGGUGAGGAAAACGACCCCGCCGGAGAGGAUUCUGAUGGCAGACGGCAAAUUCAGCCCUACUCGUUGGAUCGAGAGACACUUACGUAGCAGUAAAUUUGGUGGGGGAGAGGUUUUAGAAUCGGUUAUUGCUCAUUCUGCGUUCGAAAGCCGCCAUUUGUCCAAUUUUGUGGAACCCCGAGAGGAACAUUUUUUUCACCAUUCCUCUACUUGCAUUUUUGUUAGAUUACAUAGCGAAGGUUGGAUCUUGUGAGUCGAAGGACUAAUGACUGCUUAGUGGAAUGCCCUUGGUUUCAGAGGGCUUUGCUGAGUUAAUUCUGAGUGAGUCAAGGCUGGCCCCAAGGCUCCCCAUUCUUCCUGUGGUGCACCCAGACUCUGGUUCGGAGAAAGAUAAGAAAAUCUCCGUGCUUGUUUUCACAUUGUCUCACAUCUACAUUCCUUUCUUGUCAGCCUUUUUCUCUGUAAAGGUGGGCAAGAAUAGCUUGAGACCAGUCUCCCUCUUGCCAAGCCUCUCCUAAUGGAUUCCAUAUUUUAGUUUUCUGGUGAAGUCUUCAUGACAUCAGGUAGGCAGGGAUGUUCAGCUGCAUGAUUGUAAAGGUACUUUCUAACUCUAAGGCUGCAGUUCUAAUGGCUGGGAGUAUUUAUGUGCACACACACAUGGAAAUGAACUGAGAGGCUCCUGGGGUACUCUGACUUGCCCAGUUGUAUUAAACUUUAGGUUAGCCCUGGGAAGGGAGCCUGUGAGCCCAGGUCUGGGCGGUUUCCCUGUCUGGUUUGGUAUUUGACAAUUCUACACACACAGAUCACCUGUUUUGUGAUCAUAAAACAAGUCAUUUGGGCGAAAUUCAAAAUACUCCUGCUUUUCCAGCCAUUUUCCAGAGUCGCUGUUGUGGAGCGUGGAAAUAUAGCCACUGCUGAGUUUUCUGCUUUGAUUAUGAAUAGAGCUUUAAUUGGAGGGAAAGUGCAAGCCUAUAUGAACAAGUUGUAUUUCUAAAUUGUUUACCUUUUAAAAUACCCUCUGGAGGGAAAGAGAAGGUUGGUAGAAGAACAGGUUUUUAAAACCAUUCUGCUUUUCACCCACUUUGCAGCCAUGUGGUUAUUCUAACGGAAGAGGCUAUACUUUAAAAGACCGAAGAGCAGGAAAUAUUAGGGAUUAAAGAUAUUUAAGGCACUUUCAUAAUUUUGUCUUAUGUUAAAGUAUACAAAAUGGGCUUUAAAGGAAAUCACUUUUUCUUCCUUUUCAAAAGGUGGCAAAACCCCCUUUCUUUCUGCCUCCUGAACAAAAAGCCAAUAAAAAACAUUAGAAAUUGGUUUGUGAGUGUUAGUCAUUGGAGUUCAAAAGGUGUUUAAACCAUACUCCUCAAUAGAAGUGAGAACUCUAGAAUAGUGUUACUCAAACUGUGACCCCCAGACAGCUGGCCUGUGAAUUCUUUGAUACCAAUCCACACAGUAGGACCACCUGUUGGCCUGCAGUAGGUUAGAAAUUUUAAAAUGGUCUUUUGCCACAGAUAGUUUGAAAAUUAUUGUUCUAAAUCAAGAGUAACAAACUGGAAAUUAUCAAGGACCAGAAACACUUUUCAUUCCUGAAAUGGAAAUAUUAGUUAGCUAUUCUUUUCAAGGAGGGAUCUUAGCAAAAGGGAAAUCUAACUGGUUGUGUAUAAGGUGUACUUUGCAAGGAGUUUUGUUUGAUAUUUUUGCUCUGUUUAAAUUAUUUCUAGUGUUUUUUUUUUUAUUUUUUAUUUUUAAGUAAUCUUCACACCCAACAUGGGGCUCAAACUCACAACCCUGAGAUCAAGGGUCGCAUGCUCCACUGACUGAGCCAGCCAGGUGCCCCAUUUCUAGUGUUUUAAUGUGACUUUUCUACCUCACAGUUCAACUUCUCUGCCCACUUUCUCUGGUAGAGGAACGAUCCUCCUCAGUGACUCUAUGACCUGAUCAUAUCGCUGGGUGCAAAGUAAAUUUACAUUAGCAAUUUCACUAAGAUGGUGACUUUCACCUGGGGGUGAUUUUGUCCCCCAGAGGACAUUUGGCAAUGUCUGGAGACAGUCUCAAUUGUUACAACUCAGGACAGGGUGCUGCCGGCAUCUGGAUAGGUUGCUGCUAAACAUCCUACAGUGCAUAGGACGGCCCCUUAGAACAAAGAAUUAUCUAGUCCAAAAUGUCAAGUAUAUCAAGGUUGAGAAACCUGACCAUAAGAUAAAGUAAGAUAUUUAAAAAAAUUUUUUUUUAAGUUUUUAUUUACUUAUUUGACAGAGACACAGUGAGAGAGGGAACACAAGCAGGGGGA